AUCCAUUAUGGCUACUUUCACCUGCUCUGCCGCCGAUCUUCGUCCUCUUCUCGGCACUGCUUCCAACGCCACCGCUGCUGCCGAAUACAUAUGCAAUGGCUUCGACGUUGUCUCGAACAAGUUUGUUGCCGCCACGUAUGCCAUCGAUAACACCUACCUUCUUUUCUCAGCAUAUCUUGUAUUCUCCAUGCAGAUCGGUUUUGCCAUGCUUUGUGCCGGUUCGGUGCGCGCCAAGAACACCAUGAACAUCAUGCUUACCAAUGUCCUCGAUGCUGCCACCGGUGGUUUAUCUUAUUACCUCUUUGGCUUUGCUAUGGCCUAUGGUUCUCCUUCCAAUGGCUUCAUCGGGAAGCACUUCUUCGGGCUCGACAAUUUCCCUGUCCCGUCGGCUGAUUAUAGUUACUUCCUGUAUCAAUGGUCUUUUGCUAUUGCGGCUGCCGGCAUCACCAGUGGUUCUAUUGCGGAGAGGACUCAAUUUGUUGCUUAUUUGAUAUAUUCUUCCUUCUUGACUGGUUUGGUUUACCCCAUCGUGUCUCAUUGGUUCUGGUCUGCCGAUGGUUGGGGAAGCGCCGCUCGAGAAGACAACCUUUUGUUCGGUUCUGGGGUGAUUGAUUUUGCAGGUUCCGGUGUAGUUCACAUGGUUGGUGGGAUUGCCGGAUUAUGGGGCGCCUGGAUUGAAGGUCCUCGCAUGGGUCGAUUCGACAGUGAUGGCAAGCCUGUGACAUUACGUGGACAUAGUGGUACAUUGGUAGUCUUAGGAACAUUUUUGUUAUGGUUUGGCUGGUACGGUUUCAAUCCAGGUUCAUUCCUCGCCAUCUUGAAAACUUACGGACAAACAACAGAUUCUUCCUUCUACGGUCAAUGGAGCGCCAUCGGAAGAACCGCCGUCACGACGACGAUCGCGGGAAGUUCGGCCGCUUUGUCUACUCUCUUCGGCAAACGUUUGCUCACGGGUCAUUGGAACGUCACAGACGUUUGCAACGGUUUGCUCGGCGGGUUCGCUGCGAUCACCGGCGGUUGUGCGGUCGUAGAUCCAUGGGCGGCAAUCAUUUGCGGAUUCGUCGCGUCCUGGGUCCUCAUCGGAUUCAACAAGCUGGCUGAGAAGUUGAAAUACGAUGACCCGUUGGAGGCGGCGCAACUUCAUGGAGGGUGCGGUGCAUGGGGGAUAAUUUUCACCGGAUUGUUCGCAAAGAAAGCUUACGUGAACGAGAUAUAUCCAGGGAAACCCGGGAGACCGCACGGGCUAUUCAUGGGAGGCGGAGGACGGCUGUUGGCGGCACAUUUGAUACAGAUUUUGGUGGUGACGGGGUGGGUGAGCGCCACCAUGGGGCCAUUGUUUUUGGUGUUGCAUAAACUGGGACUUUUGAGGAUCUCAUCGGACGAGGAGAUGGCCGGAAUCGAUGUGACUAGCCAUGGAGGAUUGGCCUAUGAAUUCCAUGAAGAUAAUGGUAAAACUAUGAAAAAUUCGUUUAUGAUGACAAAUAUGGAUACCUCUACUGUUUGA